UCCAAUUUAUGAUCUACAUUAGAACAAAUCAAAUUACUAAGCAUGGUUUCAAUUUCAAAUUAUUACCAAUUCAAUGAAUAAUUAUCAAAUUACCUUUGUUUUUGUUUUCAUAUUACUUUCUCCUAUUAAUAUAUCAACAUCGUUUGGCCUCUCUAGAGAAAAUGGUGGAAAUCCUAUUGUAGACUUUCUUUAUAGUUCAUGGGAUAGGGUUAAAUUCUUUUUGCAAGAGGCGCAGAGCAAUUUUUUACCACCCAAUUCGGAUUUUAGGUUACAAGAGAAAGUCAGGGACACUGAUUUUGAAACCGGUGGUUCACGCAAAAGAAUAAAAAUGGCAGCAAAGAAGAGCUUCGAAGAAGGGGAAGAAAUGAUGGAAAAAAUGGCUGAAUCUGUUGCCACGAUAAUGGACCAUGCAGUAUAUAAGGCAAAGGAUAAGGUGGAACAUAAACUGUAUCAUGGACAUGGGAACAAUGCCGAUGAACUCUAAAUUAAUACAUUUGUGUCAGCCUAUACAUAUAGUUACACACUUUUAAAAACUAGUUGUUGGACGGCGCGCCCCAAAUUAGUAAAAUAUAUUUUGUGAAAUUAUGAUUGAUGUAAUUAGUGAAAUUAUAAUUAGCGCACACAGUCCCCCCAAGAUAUAAAAAUCGCCGAUCAAAAUAAUGUCCAAAUCACGAGCCUAAU